AUGCAAGAAGAGAAAUUACGAAAAGGGCCUUGGCUCGACGAGGAAGACAAGAGACUAGCAUAUGUUAUCGCCAUUUUAGGUGAACGUCGUUGGGAUGCCUUAGCAAAAGCUUCAGGGCUAAGGAGGAGUGGGAAAAGUUGCAGAUUAAGAUGGAUGAACUACCUUAGACCUAACUUAAAACAUGGCCAUAUCACUCAAGAUGAAGAACAUCUAAUUAUUAAACUUCAGAAACAAUUGGGAAACAAGUGGUCACAGAUUGCUAAACAAUUGCCAGGAAGAACUGAUAAUGAAAUAAAGAAUUAUUGGAGAAGUCAUUUGAGAAAGAAAGCACUUAUUUAUGAACAAGAAUGUUUUGGAAGCAAUAUUACAAGUAGUAAUUCAGAAUCAAAAUCAUCAUUUGGAAAAGUUGAUGAUGAAUCCUCAAGAUUGUUGGAUUGGAUGAUACCAAGUUGGUCAUAUGAACAAAAUCAAAUGGAACAUCACAUGUACUUUUGUACAAUAUUAAACCUAUGUUCUUGUAAUGCUUCUUAUCAAGAUGAAAAUAUUAGUAGCACAUGGGAUGAUAUUUCAGCAUCUUCUAUUUGGGAAUAA